AUGGGCGUCGUUGAAGCCGUCCUGGAGCUACUGUCUGCGAGGGUCAUCCUCUCUUUUCUUCUAUUUGCCAUUGUCCUCCAUCGCGUGAUUCAACGUUUUGACGAGCACCGCCGGAUCAAACGUCUUGGUAACUAUGGCAAGGACAUGGGAAGCUGGGUCCCGUUGGGCCUUGAUAUAGUUUCGAGAGGCAUCCGCGCAGUUUGGACGCAUAAAACUAUGGAAGUCUGGCGUGAUCACUUUUUCAAACGCAACAAGCGCAACACGGUUGAAGGUCGUAUUGCCAACGAACGCGUCAUUUUCACCAUUGACCCGGAAAAUAUCAAGGCUAUCUUAGCAACGCAGUUUUCUGAUUUUGGCAAGGGAGAACCCUUCCGCGAAGAGUGGGGAGAAUUUCUGGGUGAUAGUAUCUUCACAACCGAUGGUGCCAUGUGGCAUAACAGCCGGCAGAUGCUGAGACCCCAGUUUACGAGAGAUCGUGUCAGCGAUCUCGAGUGCUUCGAGGGGCACAUGGAUACUCUAUUUAGGACGAUGGCAAAUGGGGGUGCUUUACAAGGAGAGAACCAGCCGGUGAAUAUGAAAGAGGUCAAUGGACGUGUCAUUGAUAUCGCGGAUUUGUUUUACCGAUACACCUUGGAUGUUGCAACGGAUUUCCUCCUUGGAACUGACGUCAAGUCGAUGAGUACCCCAAAGCAAGAAUUUGCCGAAGCCUUCAACAAUGUUCAACGCUUCCAAAACAUCGCCUCUCGUGCUAGCAACCUUCGCUGGUUGAUUCCGAAAUGGCAAUAUCGCGCUGAUCUCCGUGUCAUCAACACCUUUGUGGGACGCUUCAUCGACCUCGCACUGCAAAUGACCCCCGAGGAACUGGAAUCCAAGAGUAAAGCCGACAAAGGAUACACUUUCCUCCAUGAACUUGCUCGAUUUACCCGCGACCCCAAGGUUAUUCGAGACCAGGUUAUCGCUGUCCUGCUUGCGGGUCGCGACACCACUGCCGGAACUCUAUCUUGGGCUAUUUACGAGCUGGCACGCCAUCCAGAAUGCUUCGCCAAGAUGCGUCGUGAAAUCCUCGAGGUUGUCGGCCCUACCAAGCCGCCCACCUACGAACAUCUAAAGAACAUGCCUUACAUGAAGGCCGUCAUUAACGAAACGCUUCGCCUCUACCCCGCCGUCCCGUUCAACGUCCGCCUCGCCCUCAAGGACUGCACCCUCCCUCGCGGCGGCGGACCCGACGGCACCGAACCCCUUCCCGUUCUCAAAGACACCAAGAUCGGCUACUCUACACUGGUCAUGCAGCGCCGUCCGGAAUUGUACCCCGCUGUUUCUGAGACCUUUGCCGACCCUGCCCUAUUCAGUCCCGAGCGAUGGACAAACUGGCAUCCGAAGCCACAUGAAUACAUACCCUUCAAUGCCGGUCCCCGUAUCUGCAUUGGCCAGCAGUUUGCUCUUACAGAAAUGAGCUAUGUCCUAGUUAGGAUGUUUCAGCGUUUCGACCGUCUAGACAGCCACAUGUUUGAACUGGAUGGGGAUAGUCCUAUGCUGAAAGCAGACGUUGUUUUGUCGCCAGGGCAGGGAGUUCGCGUUGCGUUUUGGGAAGCACAGCAGGCUGAAAAGGCAUGA